GCCAAAUAUUAUUUCUUUGAACUGUCAUAUCGGUUGAUAAACUGUCAAAAAACUAUUGUCCUCUAUAAAUGGUCACUUGCGGUCAACAGCGUGUCAUAGUGCCAAUGGCAACGGUAACAAAUCCUUUUGUCAGCGGCAACAACAAUUUCGGCGGGUCGUCAACAAAACCAAAAAUCGCUUUUAGCAUCGACUCGAUAGUUGGUGACGCACCACCAGCCUCGCCGUCGUCAUCGUCAGUUCGUUGUGACAGCCCACCGGAGCGGCCAUUGAGCUCGAAUAGUAGCGGAAGUAAUUGCCAAAUACAAUAUCACCAACAAAAACAACCUUCUUCUCAGCAUCAGCAGCCAUUAGAAUUAAGAAACAGUGAGGAUUUCCGACCAAUCGAUGGCGGAGAUUCUGACAGGCGAAAUGUCAAUUCCUCAUCACCGUUAUCAGCAACACCACCGCCAUCAUCUUCGCACACGACACCACCGGUCACUUUGAAUGGCAGGCCCAUUGUAGUGCCCGGUCUGCCAGCUGGACUGAUAAGACCGUUUCCCCUGCAGCCACCGAGUGAUUUGAACAAACCCAAUUCACAGCCACCACAUCAUCCGGCGCCGCUUCCACCGGGAUAUAUCAAUAAUCAAGAAGCGGGCUUAUUACGAUUACCUCAUCAUGGAGCACCGAAUCCUCAUUUUCUAGCCGCCCAAUUUCAAAUGGCUGCAGCUUUAGCCCAUCAGCAUGGACAGGCUGGACCUGGGAUAAUGUUUCAUCCAGCAUCACAUCCGCAAUUUGGUGGAGGAAUGGUCAGAGAUAGUUAUCCACUUUAUCCAUGGCUGUUAAGUCGACAUGGGAGAAUAUUUCCACCAAGAUUUCCUGGCAAUUUCCUGUUGCAGCCAUUUCGAAAACCGAAAAGAAUCCGAACAGCAUUCUCGCCGACACAAUUACUUAAAUUGGAGCAUGCUUUUGAGGGCAAUCAUUAUGUGGUUGGAGCCGAAAGGAAGCAAUUGGCACAAGGACUCAGUUUAACAGAGACACAGGUGAAAGUGUGGUUUCAAAAUCGUCGAACUAAACACAAACGAAUGCAGCAAGAGGGUGAAGGCAAGGGUGAGAAUGAUGGCGAUCAAAAGGGUUCACACAACGACAAUACCCAAAGUAGUUUUGAAGAAGAAGAUGCCGAAGAGGCUGAUGAGGAUGAAGAUGAAGUUAUCGAUAUGGAUGAUUGUUCGAGUGAUGUCGAAGCAGAUGAUAAAGACUUUCACCAACAGCAGCAACAAUUUGCUCAACAAUUCCAACAACAUCAGCAACAACAACAAUUUCUGCAACAUUCGUAUUUGCUGCAUCAACAUCAGCAGCAACAACAACAACAGCAACAGCAGCAGCAAAUGCAACUGCAGGGCCAGCAAUAGAGGGAGGAGUGUGAAUUGGAAAGGGGCCAAGGUUUCACGCGUGUGUCGUUCGAUUUUAGUUGUAAAUGUUUUGUGUUCCUUUUGUUUAUAAACAAAAACAAGAAAAAAAAAAAAGAAUUAAGUAAAUUUAAGAAAAUUAACU